AUGAAUCUAGCUGAAAGUUAGUAAUAAGUUAGAAUACAAGAUUAGAACUAGAUUCUAGAAUAUAAUCAAGGAUACUAGCAAAUUGAUUCUUCAAAUCAAAAUACCAAAAGGAUAGCUAAUAGCAUCACUCCUAUGAAGAAUUUUUAUGAGCAUCAGAAGUAAAUUCGUUAAGCAGGUCCAACUGUAAACAUUAAGAAAUAAGACUCGAUUAUUACAGUGAGAGAUUCUUUUGAUUUAAAGGAAUUUAUUAAACGGCAAAAACUUAAAAAUCAGACAUUAUCUAAUAAAAACAACUAUAAUAACAACGAUUCUCAAAUCUAGAAAUAGGAUAUUCGAGAAUUUCAUUAGAGAAAUCAUAGUAUAAUUAAGAACAGACCUGUGGUUAGUGGAAGAAAUUAACCAUAAUUACCUAACUAACCUCUCCUUAAUUACCAAGUUGAUCCAAGGAUUUAUAAGGCUUUAUAUAAUCGAGCAAAAAAUAAGAAGAUUGCUGAUUAUUUCUAAAAUCCAAUGGGGGUUAUUUAGCAAACACUUGGUUAAAUUUAUCAAUCCUCUCCAUAAUCCUCAAUGCAAAAUUAGUAAGCAGCCACUAUUAUUCCCACUUCCUCUAAAAUUCCUAGUCUAUCACCGCCCCCUGCCUAAAGAAUUCAGAGUGAAUAUUAAAGUAAUUAGUCCUCUGUCAUAAAAAUCCCAAUGUCCUCCAAUAGAGGCAAAAACCAAUAAAUUGGUGAUUAGAGAUUUCAUAAUGCAAAGCAGCGAGUUUUAUCUUAGAAUGCCUAUGAAUAAAAUAACAAUACUAUGGUAUUAUCCUCAGAUUUGGUAGACUUAAAUCAAACAUACAGUAUUAUAUAAGACAUAAAAUAAUAAUAUGGAAGAUAGAUUAGUGACCCGAGUAUGAAAGAUGAGAAACAGAAGUGGAAUAAAAUAGUUGGAUUUAUGACAAAGAAUCCUAAAGUACUCAUGCAAAUACUUCAGGCAAAUGAUGAUGAUAGCAUGAAGUAGUAACUAAUUAAUGCUAACCAAGAUGAGUCCCUAGUAAUGGAAUUCUUUAAAAAUAGAAAAGUUGCAUAAAAGGCAAAUUUAAUGCAUCUAAAUAAUUACGGUAGUCCUCCAAAAGAUAGUAAAUAUUCUGUUUCUGUUGGUGCAAGAACCUCUUCUUAAAAGAAAGUAAAAAUGCAAUAAUAAAACUACUCUAAAAUGUAAAAAAAUUACUAUCGAUAACAAGAAAACCAGUAAUAAGAACAUAAGAACAACAGUAAAUAAUAAGAGUCAAACUUACCAAAGCAUAUUAACAGAAAUAUAACCAACUAAUAUCAAUCAUAAAUACCAAACAUAAAUAACUACUUCUCCCGCGAAGAUUACAAUACAGUGAAUAAUACUACUGGUAAUAACAUAAAUAGAAACACUCAUCUGUACUCAGAUUAAAUUCAAACUUCAGAUAAGUUUUCAUCAUUUUCAAAUCAGAAUCAAUAGUAUAUGUUUGAUGAUUAAAUUCAAAUGUAAAAUGAAAGGGCAUUUAUUGAAUAGGAAAGGAUGAACCUGGAAAGAGCUAGGAAGAGCCUGGAAUAAUAAAAGCAGCAGAUGUCUUAUGAAAAGAUGUUAGAGAGCGAAAGAGUGAAAAUUUAAAGAGAGAGAUUAGCAAUUGAGUCUCAAAAAGAGAUGAUAAAAAUGGAAAAAUAUAAAUUAGAUUCAAUUAGAAAAGAUAUCAAUGAUUAGAGAUAAUCUUCAAUAGGUAGCAUUUAAGAAGGAAAAUAGUAAUAUAUACAUGGAGAAAAAGCUAUUGAAAAUCACCAAAAUCUAAUGAGCAGUCCUAAUUUAGAUUCAACUAAGGAUUUUUAGUUAAAUUAAGAUAGCCUGAUGCCAACGAUGAGUGAUAAUAAAUUAGAAUUUACUAGCCCAAAAAUGUUCAAUAACUAAUUCGAAGAUCCACAAUUCACAAAUUAAAAUCAGAUUUUAGCGAUUGAUAAUAAUACCUCAGAUGCCUUGAUGAAUUUAGAAAAUGAUGGAUAGUACUAGCUAAGACUAAAUGAUCAAUAAAUUAAUCCUAAAUUAGCCAAUUACAGUGAAGUAAAGAGUACAAGCUCAACAUAAAAGAUUACAGACUGGCAUAAAUCUCCAUUGAUGAAAGAUGUGUAAUUGAAUAAGAGCUCUUUUAAUCUAGACUAAGAUAUUGAAUAUAUUGUAGACAGCUUCAAAAAUAGAUAUAAAGAUUUCAAGCGUGCUAAUUUAAUUGAUCCUCUGCAUUCUAAAGCUCUCGCCACUUUGACUGAAAUUAUGACAUCACUCAAUCAAACUAAAUAGCUCAACAAGAUUGUAGAAUCAUUUAAAGAGGCAAAUGUUCAAAAUACUUAUAAAUGUCUUGUUAGAUGUAGAGUUAUGAUUGAGGCUAGAAAUUUAAUGUAUGAGGUGUUAAAAGACAUCUAAAAGCAUGAGUAAUUAGUCUAAGAUAUUAAAAAGGUGGUGGACUUGCAUUUGGAAUAAUCCAUUGACGAAGAUAGCAUUAGAGAAAUACAAGCACUAGCAAUGCUGCUUCCAAAUAUUACUAUGAACUUGAAAAACAACAUUAUAAGACUUAGGGAUGAAUACAAGAUGUUUUAAAGAAAUGGACUUACUAAUAAAAGAGCUAAAAUUUUGAUUAGCAAUGUAUUCAUUUACAAGAAGAGAGAUGCCCUUAAGCUCAUUCUUUAGGAAUAUGAGGAUAUAAGGAAUUUAGUUAUGGUCUUUGACAUUAAGGAUCUUCCAUUUAUUACUGAAAAGCAAUAAGAAUCACCAAAUAAAUUGGUUGAUGUGAGGAUAAGUAGAAAUUCCAAAUUGAGUCAAUAAUCAAAAAAUAGUACAGUGAAUAAAAUUCAGCAGAGUGCCCAUAAGAAGAAAACAUUUAAGGAUUAAAGCAGUCCUAAGGGUGAUAAUAAUAGAGAAAUAUAAUAAGAUGCAUAGCAUUGA